AUGGACCCAGAAGCUGAAACAUUUUGCCAAGAAUACUUAGCAAAUAAAGGUACAGUAGUGAAGCCUUAUUACUGGCUAACAAUGAGCCAAAGCUGUAUCAAGUGUCCUUAUCACAUACGGACAGGUGAGGAAGCAAGAGUCCCUUAUGUAGAAUUUCAUAAGGCUUUUGGAUUCCCCUAUGGGCCAAUGCAUCACCAAAACAAACACCUUCUCUUUUAUGAACUGAGGCACUUAACAGGUAAAUUAAUCCAAAAGGGCCAUGCUACCAACUGCACGGAGUACAACAUUCAUCCUGAAUCCAUGUUGUUUGAACUGGGUGGUUAUCUAGACUCACUUGUACACAAUUGUGAGAAUGCUGCCUACAUCAUUCUUUAUUCAAACUAUUCCCCUUGUAACGAGGCAGAGCACGGCUGCAUAAGCAAAAUUUACAGCUUCUUAAUGAAGUAUCGAGACAUCACCGUCUGCAUUUAUUUCUCACAGCUAUAUCACACAGACGAGGAUUUCCCAGUGUUCGCCUGGAACUGUGAAGCUCUGCACAGUCUAGCCAGCAUGUGGCCUCAGGUGACACUGAGCCCACUGUGCGGUGGGCUCUGGCAUUCCCUCCUUGACAAUUUUGUGGCGGCUACGCCAUGGGCAAGUCCUUACCAUCCAAUUUUGCCCGUAAGAGCAUUGGCUGAUAGACAAAAUGCACAACAAAUUAACAGCCUAACAGGAAUGAAGUUUCCCUUUAUGAAGACCCUGCCUCAGCCAACCUAUGGAAACUGUGCUGUACCAAAUCUGCAAAAGUACUCGUUGUCCACUUCACACUCUCAGUAUCCAGCACAAAUGAUGAAUGGCAGAUUGCCCCCGCUGAAGAGGAUACCGGCUCCUCAUUCCACACCUCCCAUUAAUGUCCUCCCCCCUUUCGGACAGCAACUGUUAAACCCCAAACCAAGAAACAUCGUCAGGCACUUAAAAAUGCCAGAUGAAUCAUGGAGCAAAGCUCAACGUUUGAAAGUAAUUCCAACGGGAAGGUCUGCUCAUGUGGAAAGAAUUACUGAGCAAUUUCCAGAAAGCUAA